AUGAGUGCUGAGGGUGAAACCAAUGAUGAAACAUCAAAACAACCCCCCAAUUCAAAGGAUGAUGAAGACAUUACAUUUAAUUUUUUUUGUGAUAUAGUUAAGCAAUUGAUUUUGCAACGUAAUGAUAUCGGAGAUGCUUGUGUAUUAGCAAGUUGGUUGAAAGUGUUGGAACAAAAUAAAAAUAAAACCAUUCGAAAUGAGUAUAUAAAACUUAUGAUGCUGACAUUGCAAUAUAAAGAACCAAUCUGUCCAUUUAAAGACCCUCCUCCCGAGACAAUUGAUCCUUUGGAAAAUGGAGUGAUUGAAAUGUCUAGGAAAUUCUUAAAGAAAGAAGGCACUGCGACAUGUGUAGGCGAUAUUGAAAAAGAUAUAAAGGUCACUUAUCCAACAAUUAGCACAGCGAUGUCCAACGACAAACGCCAAUAUGCUUCAUAUCAAGUUAUACCGAAUGUGGGCGUUCAGUGUUAUUACGCCUCUUCAGAAGAACCAAUGUAUACUUGGACUUUACCAUCACAAAUUACAGUCCCUAAAAGUGGCCCGCAUGCCACGGACAUUGAUUGGGAAAGAGCAUUGGCGGGUAUUCAACCCAAAUUGCACAAGCCAAGCACAGAAAAAGUACAAAUUCCAAACUCCCAAAAAAAUACAACCGCUAAAGAUGACGAAAUCGAAGUCAAGUCAUUAGCUUCUGGCAGCAAGGUAUCUAGGAAAAAGUCAGAUAAAUUAAAAGAAAGCGAGCCGGAGAAUCCAGAUAUUUGCAAUGUAAUGUACAUAGAACAACAGAACCGAAAUGUGACCGAGGUAUUCGAAUGGAAUGAUGCUAGUUUAUUAACUGGAGAUAUAAGACUCGGCGCAGAAAUGUGUUCCGAUCGCAAAGUUGAUGCCCAGUUUAAGACACAAAUAGAACUCGACAAAGAAGCAUUUAAUGCCUACGACAAACUUUAUCCCGGCGAUUUCACAAUAGACGUAGAGCAGUCGGUUAUCAACGAUAUAAUUCCAAUUAAAACAAACGUUGUUUCGGAAGCCAGCGAUAAAAAAGCGAUCUGCAAAGACGAAGAAAAACAGCAGCAGCCGACGGCACGCGACGUCGAUGGCUGCGGCGCGAGGAAAAAGCCGCGCGAGUGCCCGCGACCUAAAUUGUGCACGAUACGACAGAGCGCAGGCCACGAGAGCAUCAAAUCGCCGCCAGAGGAACAUCGGACCGUUGUGGAUGCGUCACCGUUGGACCAUCAUCGUCAACGGAUUUCCGAACUGACGCUCCAACUGGCCGAACUAAACUCCACCGACAGCCGUGCCAGCAGCAACAACACGAGCCGCGACACGAUCGCCGAUUCGCCGGCGAGACGUCCGACCACGGCAGACGACUACCGCGUCGCGUUGUCUUGGCGUCGUGGUCGGGGCGACGACGACGACGGCGACUGCUGCAGCCGCGGCGGUGCCGGCGCGAGACUGGCACGGUCCUCCGAAUCGCGGGCUGAACGGCAACUGGACGGCGGCUUGUGGCGCAAAAGGUCGGAACUGCGGAGCAUGCUCGACUUCACCGGAGAGUGUUUCGAGGAGGUGAGCUCAAUGCUGCGGAGCCCACGCAAGGACCCAAAGAGCGCGGCCAGCCUGGCGCAGCUGUUUGGAAAACCCACGAACAGUCGCGACGACGCUUAA